AUGGCACGACCGACACUGGACCGUCAAUCCCAGGAAAACCAACCGACCCGGAGCCGGUCCCUGACGAAGAAGGUCCAGAAACGGCCUAACCCGACGGAUACCCAGGAACCACAGGGGACGAUUACGGUGGCUGCGGAGAAUACGCGCCCGAAGCGUACCAUCGUCCGGUCGCGAAGAGCGCUCGAGGCACUCGAUCCAAGCACACAGAUGACAAACGACAUCAUGGCAACACUCCUCCGCGACCCGAGCAUCGACAAGUACGACAUCAUCGCCAUCCAGGAACCGUGGAGGAACCCCUUCAGCGUAACGACACAUCACCCAGCCAAGGACCGCUUCCACCUCUGCUACCCGUCCGGUGAAGAAAGAGGACCAGCUAGAGUGUGCUUCUUUAUCAACAAAAAGAUUGACCACUCGCAAUGGCAGUUCAGGGAGAGCAGUAGAGAUCUCUGCGCUAUCAGCAUGGGGCCGGGCGAGGGCGCCCACCGCAUCGUGAAAUGGGCCCGGAACAGACAGAAUCAGCCGACGACCGUCACGCCAGAAACUCAGAAACCCAACAAGCCGCAGAUUGCUACCACUCCCGAGGAGAAGGCGGCACUGUUUAAAGAGACCAUCUUUCCCCCGCCCCCAGAAGCUAACCUCGAAGACAACAAUGCAACAUACAGCAACCAGAUCGCUCUACUGGCAAUAUCCGAAAGCGAAAUGGAAGACGCCAUUCGGGAAGCAGCGCCGCUGAAGGCCCCGGGUCCCGAUGGCAUCACCAAUCUGGCACUUCGGAUGGCGAGAAAAUGGAUUACACCACACUUCGAUAUAAGAAGCCUGGGAAAGGGAAUGAUAGCAAGCCCUCUUCUCCUCGACGUGUCAGGUGCCUUUGAUAAUGCUUCGCACCGCCGACUCCUUCACAACCUGAGGAAGAGACGGAUUGAUGAAGCGACGGUGCGUUGGAUUGCUAGUUUCUUUGGAUGCCGAGAGACGGAGAUCAACGUGGAAGGAUUCCGAUCCGAAACAUACAGAAUCAACACCGGCAUCCCACAACGAGCGCCCCUAUUGCCAAUGCUCUACCUCCUCUACAACGCAGAUCUCCUGGACAGCUGCAACGAAGCCGGAGACUCGACAGCCACCGGCUUCAUUGAUGACAUAGCGAUCGUUGCGGUGGGGAACCGCACUGAGGAAACCUGCCAGAAACUUCAAGAAGCGCUUCUGAAAGCUGAGAUGUGGUCCCUCGCUCAGGCCUCCAUCUUCGCACCCAAAAAGUUCCAGCUUACCCACUUCACACGAGCGAAAACCAGAUUCGACUCAGACACGACACUCCAGAGCCCAUGGGGAAAAAUUGAGCCCAAGACAACAUGUGAAUACCUCGGUCUCAUUAUGGACUCAUCACUUAAGUGGAAACAGCGCAUCGACGGGACAGAAAGCAAGGCCACCAACACCAUCACAGCACUCAGCGGCAUCGACGGUCAAGUCGGAGCCGCCGCAGUCAUUGUCCUGACCCUCGAGAUGACUCAGGCAGACAAGCAAAACGGAAAUCACAGACGCAUAGUCUUCAUCCACACCGACAACCAGGCUGCUGUCAGAUCGUCAGCCAAGCCAAAGGGAAAUACGGUGCAUACCUCCUUAAGGUCAUCGCAGGCAAGACACAAUCACUCCGGGAAUAAGGACUCGAAGUCGAGCUCCGAUGGGUGCCCGCUCACAUCGGCAUCGAGGGCAACAGCAGAUGUCGCCGCGAAAGAGGCCACAGGGUGGAGGCAGAACGGACAGCCAGGUACAAGGGCAGACAAGCCGAGAGCCUUGUUCAAGCUCAGGUCCACGAUCGAGACGUGGUCGCACGAACAGUACCAUCAAAGGUGGCAAACCACCUUGGAAGACGAGACGCGAGGAAGGACGUCUUUCCGCCUCACGCCGAAGCCGACAAAGAAGGUCAUUCAAAUCCACGAAGGCCUCAGCAAACGUCAAAGUGCACUCCUAGUCCAGACGGGCACGGAAAAGAUCGGGCUCCAGGAUUUCCUCUUCAGCCGAAGAGUGCCAGGCAUUACCAACGCCAACUGCCCCUGCCGAGAAGGACGACAAACGGUAUCGCGCAUCCUGCUGCGACGCCGCAGGUAUCGACAACUCCGGCGCCAGGAAUUCGGAACCCUUCCAGGACGACACAAUCUUCGGGUCAUACUGAACAAGCGCAAAGUAGCCACCAAGGCAAUCCGAUUAAUAGAACAAAGCGAGAUCCUUGGGCAACACAGGAUCGAGUCGAAACCCAGACAAAGCUGA